CUCUCCCUUUCUUAAAUUGACAUUGGUCUGGCUCGAAACAUGAUAACAAAAAAGCCUUCCUCCGCUCUGCGUUGUCGGGCUAUCCUCAGCCCCGAUCACUUGAAACUCAAAUAAGCAGGCGCAAAGAGGAAAAGGGAUCGCACAGUAUCCUGUCAGCGGGUGCUCGGAGGGAAUAACAAGAGACCUUUAUACCACACACACACCCUUGUAUGUGCUCUUGCGCAUCGUAGGUCUUAGAAGGGGCUCGUGUUCAACUACAGUGAAAGUUAACAUGUAUAUGCACGCUUUGAUACGCGCAAGCCUUGGAUUUGUAGGUUUCUGCUUGGUCGCCUUUGUCCAACAGUCAGCUUCAGGAAGUAAAACCACGCAAGAUGUGGACGAGUGUGCAGAGGCGCUUGACAACUGCAGCAUCGAUGCCAUCUGCCAGAACACCCUGAAGUCAUACAAAUGCAUCUGCAAGUCAGGAUAUAAAGGGGAUGGCAAACAUUGUGAAGAUGUCGACGAGUGUGCAACUGAUUACAAUGGCGGCUGUGUCCACGAGUGCAUUAACAUCCCAGGAAAUUACAGGUGCACAUGCUAUGAUGGCUUCCGCUUGGCACAUGACGGACACAAUUGCCUAGAUGUUGAUGAGUGCUCAGAAGGCAACGGAGGAUGCCAACAGAUUUGUGUCAACAUGAUGGGCAGCUACGAGUGCCGCUGCAGAGAAGGAUUCCUUCUGAGUGACAACCAGCAUACCUGUAUCCAAAGGCCUAAAGUGCAACCAGAAGGCACAAAGGAAGGACCCACCUGCAUGGACAAGAAUCACGGCUGUGCACACAUCUGUAGGGAAACACAGAAGGGUGGCAUCUCCUGUGAGUGUCGACCUGGAUUCCAGCUCACCCGUAACAUGAAGGACUGCAAAUUGACGUGUAACUAUGGUAAUGGGGGUUGCCAGCACAUCUGCGAGGAGACCGACCACGGCCCCAAGUGUUCGUGUCACAUGAAGUUCGUCCUGCACAGCGAUGGAAAGACUUGUGUAGGGGAGAGGAGUGUCCAGUCCCAGGCAGCCCCACAGCUGUUCCCCAAUGAGACCUGUGCAGUGAACAAUGGCGGCUGUGAUAGCACAUGUCAUGAUUCAGUGACAGGAGUCCGCUGCAGCUGUCCUGUUGGCUUCACUCUGCAGCCGGACCGCAAGACCUGCAAAGACAUUGACGAGUGCCGUCUGAACAAUGGGGGGUGUGACCAUGUGUGUCGAAACACAGUUGGCAGCUUUGAGUGCAGCUGCAAGAAAGGCUACAAGCUGCUCACCAAUGAGCGAACUUGUCAAGACAUUGACGAAUGCUCUUUCGACCGCACCUGUGACCACUUUUGUGUCAACUCUGCCGGCAGUUUCCAGUGCCUUUGUCAUAAAGGCUACGUCCUCUAUGGUCUGGCACACUGCGGAGAUAUUGAUGAGUGCAGUAUAAAUCGUGGGGGCUGUAAAUAUGGCUGCAUCAACACUCUGGGGAGCUACGAGUGUACCUGUCCACCAGGGUACAAGCUGCACUGGAACAAGAAAGACUGUAUUGAGCUCAUGAGAUGUCCUGCUGGGGUGGUUGCACCAAAAGCCACUCUGACCUGUAGCAAGACGGGCAAGAAAGAGAGCUGCUCUCUUACCUGCGCCUCUAAAGCGCACUAUCUGGCAGAGUCUGACAACAGCUACUCAGUCAGUUGUGGUAUCCCCAUCCUCAGAGGAAAGUCCCCGGCCAGACUCAACUCCAGCAGCAGUCAGAGCUGCAUAGAGACUUUGGCCCCUCCAGUGAAGCAGACGGCUUCUUUCAAGAUUAAAAACGCCAAGUGUCACCUGCACCCUAAACUGACUGGCAGGACGGAGGACAGGGGACGGACACUAGGACCAGGAGGGGGGCAGCCCUGCAGCAACUGCCUUGUAACAUUUGUCAACCUCAAAUGUGACUCUUCCAAGAAAGCCAAAGGGCGACGUGCUCGCAACCCCUCCAACAAAGAGGUAACACGCAUUACUUUGGAGCUGGAAGCUGAGGUCAAACCUGGAGACACUACAGGCAGUUGCAAUCUCAGCUGCCUGAGACAGCGCAUGGAGAAGCAGGUCAAGACGUAUAUCAAAGCUCUGAAGAAGUCCAUCAACCAGGAGCGUUUCCUGAUCAGAGUUGCUGGCUUGGAAUACGAGGUGGCCCAAAAACUUCCCCAGGCUGCUCCCAUUCAAGAGAACUGCGGCCCGGGCUGGGAGAGGGACAGUGGCCGAUGUGUCAGAUGCUUGCCGGGGUCUUACUACCAUGGCGAGCAGGAGCGCUGUGUCCAGUGUCCACCUGGCACUUUCCAGGAGAAGGAGGGGCAGCUGGCCUGUGACCUCUGCCCUGGCAGUGACGGCCACGGGCCGGUAGGGGCACGAAACAUCUCCUCCUGUGCAGGCCAGUGUCCAACGGGGUCCUUCUCCGGCGACGGGUUCAAACCUUGUCAGCCGUGCCCUCAGGGCACCUACCAGCCAGAUUUGGGACGGACCCUGUGCUUCCCCUGUGGGGGAGGACUGAGCACCAAGCGGGAAGGUGCCAGCUCCUUCCAUGACUGUGAAGUCAAAGUUCAGUGUUCUCCCGGUCAUUACUACAACACGACAGUGCACCGCUGUAUCCGCUGCCCAGUGGGGACCUAUCAGACUGAGUUUAGACAGAACUACUGUAUUUCCUGCCCUGGGAACACCACCACUGAUUUUGAUGGUGCCACGAGUGUCUCGCAGUGCAAGAACAGGCAAUGUGGUGGAGAGAUGGGCGAGUUCAUGGGUUACAUUGAGUCACCCAACUAUCCCGGUAAUUACCCUGCUAAUGUGGAGUGUAUCUGGAACAUCAACCCACCCAGCAAGCGCAAGAUCCUAAUCGUGGUGCCAGAGAUUUUCCUGCCCUCAGAGGAUGAGUGUGGAGACGUGUUGGUUAUGAGGAAGAACUGGUCUGCUACAUCCAUCACCACCUAUGAGACAUGUCAGACGUACGAGCGGCCUAUCGCCUUCACAGCACGCUCCAGACGUCUCUGGAUUAACUUCAAGUCCAAUGAGGCCAACAGCGCCAGGGGCUUUCAGAUCCCUUACGUUACUUAUGAUGAGGACUAUGAACAGCUCGUAGAGGACAUAGUGCGAGAUGGAAGGCUCUACGCUUCAGAAAACCAUCAAGAAAUCCUCAAGGAUAAAAAACUGAUUAAGACUCUUUUUGAUGUGCUGGCUCACCCAAACAACUACUUCAAGUACACAACUCGGGAGUCCAACGAGAUGCUUCCGCGCUCGUUCAUACGUCUCAUAAGCAGCAAAGUCUCCGCUUUUCUGCGGCCAUACAAGUAAAAGGUCACACAGCUCCUGACACUCCUAAAGCACCAGAUCGCGACCCCACCCUCCUCCCCCCAUCCCGCAAAUCCCACAGGGCUUAAAAACACAAAUCAUACUACCAUGUUUACCCUCUCUUAUUUUCCAUAGGCUUUGACAAUAAACACAAUGCAGACCUGAAAAAUA